AAUGAAAAGCUCUAUAAAGCUGGAAUAGUCAUACGCGGAUUCAAAGACCUGAAUAAAUAUAACCUAAAAGAAACAUUUGCUCCUGUGUCCAGGAAUCUGGACCCACUUACGGAAACUUAUGGAUUAUCGUUUUAUAUGCAGUAUCUAGCCCAUUGGCCUGAAUAUUUCCAAGUUGCAGAAUCGCCAAGCGGUGAUAUUAUGGGAUAUAUAAUGGGAAAGGCAGAAGGACACGGAGAAAAUUGGCAUGGACAUGUAACAGCUCUCACAGUUUCACCUGAUCACAGAAGAUUAGGCCUUGCAGCUACGUUGAUGAAAUUUUUGGAGGAAAUAUCUGAAAAGAAACAAGCAUACUUUGUGGACCUUUUUGUAAGAGUCAGCAACAUAGUUGCAAUAAAAAUGUAUCAACAACUGGGCUACAUCGUCUACAGAACUGUUUUAGAAUAUUACAGUGGAGAUCCGGACGAAGAUGCUUACGAUAUGAGGAAGGCACUGUCUAGAGAUACGAAGAAAAAGUCAGUAAUACCUUUAACUCAUCCUGUGCGGCCCGAAGAAGUGGAUUGAGCUUCGCAAUAAAAGAAAACAAUGUUUCAUCAAUAUUAUCUUAAUUUUAAUAUUUCCCAAAUUUUUGUAAACACUGAACAUGAUUUAUACAUAAAUUUACAAAAAAAAAUACUUCUAAGUUACACUCUGGCUUGAGUUAAUAAAGUUACCAAUAAAAUAGUCAAAAAAU